AUGUCCGUAGUCCCAGAAUACUUCCAAGGGUUCGGUGUUGAUAAAGCCGAAAACUGGAACAAACCAAAAUUAGUUAAGUACAAGCACAAAACCGUAGGUGACAAUGAUGUUGUAUUGGAAAACAUCGCGUGUGGUCUUUGUGGCUCGGACAUCUUGACCGCAUCUGGUCAAUGGUCCGACCUCUUGAGAGACGAUUUAGUGGUCGGACACGAAAUCAUUGGACAUGUCAUUGCAGUUGGUUCAAAGGUUACCUCAGUUAAGAUCGGUCAAAGAUGUGGUAUCGGUGCUCAUUGUAGCUCAUGUAUGAAAUCAUCAUGCGGUAGAUGUUCCAACGACAACGAACAGUACUGCAAAAACAACGGUGUAGGAACUUACAACGCUGUAGACAAGUCAGCUGGAAAUUAUGUCACUCAAGGUGGAUAUGCCUCUCACUCCGUGGCCCAUGAACAAUUCGUUUUCCCAAUUCCUGAUGCUUUGGAAACUAUUCACGCUGCUCCAUUGAUGUGUGCUGGAUUAACCGUCUUCAGUCCAAUUGUCAGAAACGUCGGCUACGAUGCCAAAGGUAAGACUGUUGGUAUUAUCGGUAUUGGUGGAUUAGGUCACUUGGCUAUUCAAUUCGCUCAUGCAAUUGGUGCUAAGGUUGUUGCAUUUUCAAGAUCUUCAAACAAGAAGGAUCAAGCUAUUAAGAUGGGUGCUGACGCCUUUAUUGCAACUGGUGAAGAAAAGGACUGGACAUCUAAGUAUGAUGAUUACUUCGAUCUCGUCUUAAAUUGUGCCGCUGGUUCAGAUUUGAGCUUAGAUUCUUUCCUUUCAACAUUGAAAGUUGAUGCCAAAUUUGUCUCCGUUGGUUUACCUCCAUCUAAGGAUAAGUACGAGGUUUCACCAUUUGCCUUUGUUGGCAAUGCUGGUAAUUUCGGUUCCUCCUUAUUAGGUAGUAAGAAAGAAGCAUUGGCUAUGUUGGAUAUUGCUGUCAAACAUGGUGUCAAACCAUGGGUUGAAGAGGUUCCAAUUAGUGAAGCUGGCUGUAACACUGCCUUGACAAGAUGUGAAAACGGUGACGUUAGAUAUAGAUUUGUUUUCACAGAAUUUGACAAGGCAUUCAAAUAG